AUGGCUGAGGCAGAGCCAGACAGAAGAGCCCUUCUGUCCGAUUUAUGUUCGGAAUUUUUGAAUUUCUCCGCUAAAGACACUGCGUCGGGAUGGUUGGCGGAAGCAAAUCUUCAGGUGGAAAUCUAUCGUCACUUGGCAGAGUAUGUGCCCAAAAUCCUUUGUUUGGGGCCUAGUGGCUGCAGCAGUAGGGAGGAGCAGCGAGAAGAGCAGAGGGAAGAACUAUCAUGUCAGCUGCUCCUUUUGGCUCCCUUGGAGUGGUUGCUGCUAGGUGAGGAUCCAGCCGUGGGCCUCCCUCAGCUGCAGGAGAGCAAUCAGCCUUCACCGCUGUGUGGACAUGUGUUUAAGGUGGGCGAGCCCACCUACUCUUGCAGGGACUGUGCAGCUGACCCCACAUGUGUCUUAUGCAUGCAGUGUUUCCUGGGCAGCGAUCAUAAAGAUCACCGUUACAGGAUGACCACGUCCGGAGGUGGAGGGUUCUGUGACUGUGGUGACACUGAAGCCUGGAAGAAGGGUCCUUACUGCCAAAAACAUACACCGACUACCAACAAAGACUCAGAGGAGGACCCUGCUGCUCAGCUACCUGCUGACAUGGCUCUCCGUUGUUACAACAUUUUCUCCAUCAUCCUCAAGUAUGCUGUGGAUAUGUUGACUUGGACACAAGAGGACCAACUACCUGCAGGCCUUGAACCGCUUGAAAGAGGUGACAACUACUACUGCAUGCUGUUCAAUGAUGAAGUCCACACCUACGAACAGGUGAUCUACACCCUGCAGAAGGCCGUCAACUGCAGCCAGAAAGAAGCUGUUAGCUUCGCCACCACUGUGGACAGAGAUGGCAGGAAGUCUGUUCGAUAUGGAGACAUUCAGUUUUGUGAACAAGCUAAGACUGUUAUAGUGAGGAACACCAGUCGCCAGUCAAAGCCUCUCAGAGUUGAGGUGAUGCACUCAUCUGUUGUGGCCCAUCAGUGUUUUGCUCUGAAAGCUUUGAGUUGGUUGGGGCAAAUCAUUCAAUACUCGGAUGGUUUGAGGAGGAUACUGUGCCAGGUGGGACUUAAGGAAGGUCCAGAAGGAGAAAACUCAUCACUUGUUGACCGCUUAAUGCUUAAUGACUCCAAAAUGUGGAAAGGAGCAAGGAACAUUUACCACCAGCUGCUGAUGAACAGCCUCCUUAUGGACUUGAAGUACAAGAAGGUCUUUGCUAUUCAGUUUGCCAAGAACUACAGACGCCUCCAGACAGAUUUCAUGGAAGAUGACCAUGAAAGGGUGGUGUCAGUGACCUCACUGUCUGUACAGCUGUUCACGGUGCCAACAAUGGCGAGUUCUCCUUUUUUCCUGUUCUUGUGUGCUGAUCCAAAUAUGAAACUAUCAAGCUUAUUUUUAAUAUGUGCACAUGUACACAUGCAGGCCCGCAUGUUGAUGGUGAAGGAGAAUCUAAUGACUACCAUCAUCAGGACGUUUGUAGAUCAUCUUCGUCACAGAGAUCUGCAUGGGCGCUUUCAGUUUGAUCGCUACACCGCACAGCAGGCCUUUAAAUUUGGACGAGUCCAGAGCCUCAUUGGAGACCUCAAGUAUGUCUUAAUCAGUAGGCCCUCUGAAUGGAGUGACGAGCUUCGAGAGAAGUUUCUAGAAGGUCUGGAUGCUUUUUUGGAGCUCCUUAAGUGUAUGCAGGGUAUGGACCCAGUGGUUCGGCAAGUGGGGCAGCACAUCGAAAUGGAACCGGAAUGGGAAGCGGCAUUUACCCUUCAGAUGAAAUUGACGCAUAUCAUAUCCAUGAUCCAGGAGUGGUGUUCCACUGAUGAGCGUGUGCUGAUCGAGUCUUACAGAAAGUGUUUGAGUGCAGUUAGUCAGUGUCAAAGCAGCCUUCCGGAUGGUGAGCAGCCAAUAAGCUUGAGUCUGGCUGGUCAUUCUGUGGAGACUUUUCGGUAUCAAGUGUCCCAGGAUAAAGUGUCCAUCCACCUUCCUGUCUGCAGACUGCUUGCUGGUCUACAUGUUCUCCUCAGCAGAACAGAAGUUGCAGCUCGCCUCCCUGAGCAACUCCCAUUGGGGGAACUCAGCCCUCCUCUUCUGAUUGAACUCCCCCUGCGAUGUCUUGUGCUGUGUGCCCAAGUGCUAGCUGGGAUGUGGAGAAGAAACGGGUUCUCCCUAAUAAAUCAGAUUUACUAUUACCACAAUGUCAAGUGCAGAGUGGAGAUGUUCGACAAAGACGUUAUCAUGCUGCAGGCUGGUGCCUCUAUGAUGGAUCCAAACCACUUCCUUAUGAUCCUUCUUAGUCGUUUUGAACUUUUUCACAUUUUUAGCUCUGCAGACUGCAGAAAAAGAUAUAGGGAGCUCAAUAAGGAUCUGGUCCAGCAAAACAAUACUUUAAUCGAAGAGAUGCUACACUUAAUCAUCACUGUGAUUGGGGAACGUUACGUGGCAGGUGUUGGCCAGGUAGAGCAAUUUGACGAGGUUCGAAGAGAGAUCAUCCACCAGUUGUCAAUCAGACCUAUGGCUCAUAGUGAGCUGGUGAAGGCUCUGCCAGAGAAUGGCAACAAAGAGACUGGUCUAGAGCGUGUGAUUGACAGUGUUGCUUCGUUCAAGAAGCCGGGUGUGACAGGCCGUGGUCUUUACGAAUUGCGUCCUGAAUGGAACAAGUACUUCAACCUAUACUUCUACCACUACAGCAGAGCCGACCAGUCCAAGGCAGAAGAGGCUCAGAGGAAGCUGAGGAGACAAAAUGGAGAUGACACAGCCCUUCCCCCACCAGUUCCUCCGCCUCUUUGCCCCUUGUUUGCUAGCCUGGUGAAUCUUCUGCAGUGUGAUGUGCUGUUGGCAGUAGAAGGAGCUGUGCUGCAGUGGGCUAUGGAGCCCCGUGGAGGAGGCUGGACAGAGUCCAUGCUGCAGAGGGUACUCCAUUUGGUUGGUAUGGCUCUGCUAGAAGAGCAGCAACAGCUGGAAAACAGCAAUGGCGAGGAUGACAUUACAUUCAUGUACACCUCUAAAAUCUCACGUCCAGGCGAUGCCCCUAGUACUUCAGGAAGUGUUCUUGCUUUACUGGAGAGUCUACAGAAUGCUCCUCACCUAGAGGUCCAUAAAGAUAUGAUCACCUGGAUCUUAAAGAUGGUGGCAAACAUCAAAACUAUAAGAGAGCGGUCAUCCUCAACCUCCACUGUUACGAUCAGCCAAGGACAUGGACUGGAAGAGACGAUACGGGAUAAAGACAAAGCAGAGAGGAAAAGAAAGGCAGAGAUGGCUCGGCUCCGGAGGGAGAAGAUCAUGGCUCAGAUGUCUGAGAUGCAGAAACAUUUCAUCAAUGAGAACAAAGAACUUUUCCAGCAAAGUCUUGAAGAGCUUGAAGCAUCUACAUCUGCUGAUGCAGAACACAGUCCUUCUAGUUCGGAGUCAUCCAGUGUCCCUCAGGUCUGUGUUGGCCCCUCAAGGGUGGCCAGAGGAGCCGAACGGCGUGAGCUUGUGACUUGCAUCUUGUGUCAAGAGGAGCAGGAGGUCAAAUGUCACGGCAGAGCCAUGGUGUUAGCAGCGUUUGUCCAGAGGUCUACCGUUUUGUCCAAAAAGCGGGAGCGAGUACUUCGGAGUUCAUGGCUGAUCGUAUUUUGUCCCCCCCCUCAUUUUUUAGAACGGCAUGACCCUCUUUUCAUUCAUCCUGACCUUUCAAUGGGUAUUCACACCGCCAGCUGUGGACACAUCAUGCACGCCACCUGCUGGCAGAGGUACUUUGAGGCAGUGCAGUUGAAGGAGCAGAGACGACAGCAGCGUUUACGAGGUCACACCAGCUAUGAUGUGGAGAAUGGAGAGUUUCUUUGUCCUCUGUGCGAAUGUCUGAGUAAUACAGUCAUCCCUCUGCUGCCACAUACGCAACCACCUGACCGCGGGUACGUGCAGGGCCUUUUCAUUCUUAAUCACCCCAGUCUGGCUGUGUGGCUCAAGUCAACAAAUGAGAAGAUAGCAGCGUUGCACCACUCCCAUAAAAAGCCUUCAAGUGGUGACGCCGUACUUCAAACUCAAGAGGUGGAACCUCCAGUUCCUGAAGGAUUCCGACUCGAUUUCACCCCACUAAACCCAUUUUCCAGCAGUAUUAUUGAGAUGAUCACCACGUUCAGUAUGUCGACUUAUAAGGUCGGAUUAAAGGCGAACCCAAAUGAGCAGGACCAUAGGGUCCCUGUGCUCAGUUGGUCCACUUGCGCCUACACCAUUCAAGCAAUUGAGCGCCUCCUGAUGGAUGAGGAAAAGCCUUUGUUUGGAAGUUUACCCUGCAGACAGGACGACUGCUUGAGCGCCAUUACCAGGUUCGGUUCAGCUUGCUGGACAUCAGCGUCGCUGAAUGCAGUUCACAAACACUUCAUCAGAUUGUUUUCAGCUCUAGUUCCAGACCCUCAGGUAGAAAACACUCCAAGUAUUCUGGACAUUGACAUGUUCCACCUUUUGGUUUACGGCGUGUUAUCCUACACAUCCGUUCACAGUUUAGACCAAUCGGGACGGCAUACGAUCGACUCUGCUCACAUACACCUCCUGCACUUAAUCACUGUUGCUCACGUGGUUCAGGUCCUGCUCACUUCAAAUAUAGGUACUGUGUGUAUGGAACAGGAAAGUAGGGGUUCAGUUGAGGAGGAGUUUGCAUAUUAUCUGUACAACACGCUGAGGAAACACUUGAGCAGUGUUUUGCCAGAAGUGGCGUCUUGGCAGCUGUGGCGUUGUGUUAAAGCUGGCGUCUCACCGUUCCUGCGAUGCGCCGCCCUCUUUUUUCACUACCUAAACUCUACAGCACCACCAGCUGACCUGUUGGAUACAGGACCUGGGCAAUGGGAGGCACUGUGUAGCUAUCUCAGUCUGCCGUCCAACCUGCUGCAGCUCUACCAUACACAACAAGCACUGUUGGAGCCGCUCGUUACCAGUUGGUGCUGUCAUUCUUCCGUCAGUCAGACAUUACAAGAGGGUGGAGUGAACAGGUUUCCCCGAGAGUCAAACCGACUGAUCGACCUGCCUGAAGAUUACAGCGUCCUUAUUAACCAGGCGUCCAGCUUUACAUGCCCUUGGUCAGGUGGAGACAAGUCGCGCGCUCCCACUCUGUGUCUAGUGUGUGGCACCAUGCUGUGCUCUCAGAGUUACUGCUGUCAAAUUGAAGUGGACGGCGAGGAUGUCGGCGCCUGCACCGCACACACGUUUUUUUGUGGCGCAGGCCUUGGCCUCUUCCUGCGGGUAAGAGAGAGUCAGGUGUUGUUUGUGGCAGGUAAAACAAAGGGCUGCUUCUACCCACCUCCAUACCUGGAUGACUACGGCGAGACAGAUCAGGGCCUCAAGCGUGGAAAUCCCCUCCAUUUAUGCAUGGAGCGUUACAGGAAGAUCGAACGCCUGUGGCGUCAGCACGGCAUUGCUGAAGUUAUAGGUCAUGCUCAAGAGGCCAAUCAGACGCUGGUUGCCAUCGACUGGCAGCAUCUGUGA